CGAAAUAUGUUUUAUUUUACAAGCAAAGUCAGUAUUCCUUCGUGCCUGCUUCACUGCGAUGCCCUUUAAUUUCUAUUCAAAGAGCUAUGGAGGAAUGUUGUUUAAAUCUCAUUAAUUUCCUUCAGUGGUCGUUUUUUUCUUUAAUUGUCCUGGCUACAACUUUUAUCUUAUUACGUCCUUGUGAUUUUUUUUUUUUUAAGAUACUGUAAUGAAACUUAGGGUCCAUGAACCUACCUAUAGAAUCCUUUUAAUCGCUUUCUUUGAACAGUGUAACUAUAAACAUGACUCCAUGGGAAUAAUUUACUUGCAUCUCUUUGGAACAUUUCAAGAGGUGCUGUAUAAAUUCACUAAUAAGAAACAUCUAUUCAUUCAUAGUCUCGCUUGUGGAUUUGAAUUAUAUUAAACCUGAUGUGAUACCUUUUUAUUAUCACUUAAGACUGUUGAACAAGAAUUUAGAGGAAAUAGCAGGCAUUGAAUGUCCUGCGUACUGGAGUUGGUGGAUAAUUUAAACCCUGUGGGAGGCUGGAUUCACUCAUAACCAAAGCCAUUUUAUGAGGAAGAAGGUAAAUAUGGGUCGGUGAACGCUGGUUGACUGCUUAGUAUUGAUACCGAGUGGAAAAGCAAAACAAGUUUUUGACAUGCAGGGUUAUUUUAUGAGCUAGAACCCUGGCUUCUUUAGACAUCCAUGCAAAUGCAGCUCCUGGGAAAUGGAAACGUGGAGAAAAAAUAACGGAAAACUUGAGAACUAUUAAUCAGUGCGCUCUUCUGCUUUAUUUUCGGGAAUCUGGGGCAGGGUGGAGGGGGGAUUCUACUGUUUCGGUGUUUCUAUGGGCGGGCGUAAGGGUGGAUAGCUGCACACAAACACGCGUGCAAGGAUUAUUGCAAACCAUGCCCAAGCCAUGUCAGUGAAGUUUCUCUGAAGCUCCUUUUCUUCUCUUAAAGGUGGAUACAGUUUAACAUAUUGGUUGCACAUGAUACAAUCCCUACAACAAAGGUAUUUCAGCUGGGCAUUAAGUACCGAGAAAUGAAUGAUAGCAGGGACGCUCUCUGAGCUAAAAUCAGUUUUAUUUAUUUCGAGACUCUUUCCUUGCAGAAUUUCUACCUGUGCCCGUAAUACUGACUGGUUAUUUUCAUGUCUCCUUUUUCAUGUUGCACAUAGAACUGCCUCAUCUGUGUUACAUUUUAAGACGGAGAUACUGAAACAACAGACUGUGUCAAGUUUGAGUUGGGGGGUGAGAAAGAGAAACAAGGAGUAGGUCCUGCUAAAGGUGAAUAAGUCCCAAAGAAUUUCAAGGUGUUUUUCUUUCCUCAGAUCUCUCUGUUUCUCACCAGGCAGGUCCCGGCAGACGCUUGGCGGUUUGUACGUUCGGAGGCUGGGGAGCCCCCUGGUUCAGAGGUCCACACAUGAAGUCACCCUGAAGAGAGUGGCUCCCGCUUUGUAAAGACCUCAUCGCCGCCAGGUGAGGCUAAGAUGAGCAUAACCAGUGACGAGGUGAACUUUCUGGUGUAUCGGUAUCUACAGGAGUCAGGUUUUUCCCACUCGGCCUUCACGUUCGGUAUCGAGAGCCACAUCAGCCAGUCCAACAUCAAUGGGACGCUAGUGCCGCCGGCUGCCCUCAUCUCCAUCCUGCAGAAGGGGCUGCAGUAUGUGGAGGCCGAGAUCAGCAUCAACGAGGACGGCACGGUGUUCGACGGCCGCCCCAUAGAGUCCCUGUCCCUGAUCGACGCGGUGAUGCCCGACGUGGUGCAGACGCGGCAGCAGGCCUUCCGGGAGAAGCUGGCACAGCAGCAGGCCAGCGCAGCGGCGGCGGCAGCGGCGGCAGCGGCAGCAGCCACGGCGGCACCGGCGGCCCCGGCAGCCGCGGCGGCUGUUUCCCAGCAGAAUCCACCAAAGAACGGCGAGGCCACGGUGAACGGCGAGGAGAACGGAGCGCACGCGAUAAAUAAUCAUUCAAAGCCAAUGGAAAUCGAUGGGGACGUGGAGAUUCCACCCAACAAAGCCACGGUCCUUCGGGGCCACGAGUCUGAGGUGUUCAUUUGUGCCUGGAACCCCGUCAGUGACCUCCUGGCUUCCGGAUCCGGAGAUUCCACCGCGAGGAUAUGGAACCUCAACGAAAACAGCAACGGGGGCUCCACCCAGCUAGUGUUGAGGCACUGCAUACGAGAGGGCGGCCACGACGUCCCCAGCAACAAAGACGUGACCUCGCUGGACUGGAACAGUGAUGGGACACUGUUGGCUACAGGUUCCUAUGACGGUUUUGCCAGGAUAUGGACGGAAGAUGGUAACCUGGCCAGCACCUUAGGCCAACAUAAAGGCCCCAUCUUUGCCUUGAAGUGGAACAAGAAGGGGAAUUACAUUUUGAGUGCUGGCGUCGACAAAACAACAAUAAUCUGGGAUGCCCACACCGGAGAGGCCAAACAGCAGUUUCCGUUUCAUUCUGCCCCCGCUCUCGACGUGGACUGGCAGAACAACACUACCUUUGCCUCCUGCAGCACGGACAUGUGUAUUCACGUCUGCAGGCUCGGCUGCGACCGCCCCGUCAAAACCUUCCAAGGACACACAAAUGAGGUCAAUGCCAUCAAGUGGGAUCCUUCUGGGAUGUUGCUAGCGUCCUGCUCCGAUGACAUGACAUUAAAGAUCUGGAGUAUGAAGCAGGAUACGUGUGUCCAUGACCUGCAAGCUCACAGCAAAGAGAUCUAUACCAUAAAGUGGAGUCCCACCGGGCCUGCCACCAGCAACCCAAACUCCAACAUCAUGCUGGCAAGCGCUUCGUUUGACUCUACGGUUCGGCUGUGGGACGUGGAGCGGGGCGUUUGCAUCCACACGCUCACCAAACACCAGGAACCCGUCUAUAGUGUAGCUUUUAGCCCUGAUGGCAAAUAUCUGGCCAGCGGCUCCUUUGACAAGUGUGUGCACAUCUGGAACACGCAGAGUGGAAGUCUGGUCCACAGCUACCGCGGCACUGGCGGCAUCUUCGAGGUGUGCUGGAACGCCCGAGGGGACAAAGUGGGCGCCAGCGCGUCCGACGGCUCUGUGUGCGUUUUAGAUCUGCGGAAGUAAACGUGAAAUACCCUAGAAACGAGAAGAGCAUUCGCAUGGACCAGCAGUGAACCUGUGGGGUUGUAGUAACUCUUCAAACACAAUUCCAUCAGCUCCAAACUGUUCGAACUUGACGUUAAAGUAUACUCUGAAAUCAGCUCAUCCCUGGCCACAGGAGUCUAUUUUUUCCUAAUCUUCAUCAAGAAGUUUAAAACAAAAGCAUACACACACCGUCACAUCAAAGAGGGAAAGAACGGUUUCCACCUGGAACAUUCAGCCCGGGAAGCAUGAAGCCACCAGCCAGACAGCGCACCAGCCAUCCAGCACAGGCUCUGAUGGCUAAGAGGAGAGAAACAAAACAAAACAAACAGCAAGCUGUGCCAAAAAGAAAAAAAGAAAAAUGCUGUGAUAAAACCAAAAGGGGGGGAAAGACACUCAUCCACGUGGUGGGUAUUUUUUUUUUUUUUCCAAGAAUUUGGACACUACAGUUACUCUCACAAGGAUGUUCAAAGACCAGUUUGUACCGAUGAAAUGGGCGACUUUGUAAUCCCAACACUUUCUAUUUUCUAGAAUCUUUGUCCCGUGGUUUUUCUACCGGCUGCAGUCCUGUCGUCUGGGGCCCUGGGGUCUGAGGUAGUAACUGUUUGGGGUUCGUUGCUUCUUUUCCUGCUGUAGCCUCUUUCCUUCCUUCGUGUCUUGAUUGGCAGCUCCCCUUCCCUAGAGGCAGCCUCUCGGAAGAUGCCGGGAUCUCUGAGGCCCAGCGCCCCCCCCCCCAUAGCUGCUUCCCACCUUAGGUCUCAAGGGCACUUUCGUGGCAGAUUUAAUAAGUGCUUUAUGUAAGAAGGCAGGGCAGGGGGACUUUUUACAGGAGAAAAAAAUAAUAAUAAGUGACUUAUAAGAGAAAGAGCCCGGAGUAUUUUUGGAAGAAAAAAAAUAUUUUUGUGUUAAAACAAUUUUAAAAUCCUAAAAUGGCCAUCAGACAUAGAGAGCUUUGUGUGAUUCAUAUUUUGAAAAAACGUUAAGACACAGGCAGGGUCGAAAUCGCUUUUCCUGAACUUCGGGAAGGGCGGCCAGGACUCCGGGUGGAAGAGGGCCGGCGGUGCGGCCCACAGCCAGGGAGGGACCCCCGCUUCUCCGGCUCAGAGGCGGCCUGGGCGUCUCUUGGGGUGUGUGGACGGCGGUGGCGGCAGGAGCGGAACGCCAAGGGUGCCCGCGGCCCCGAGCACCAUUCCCCGAAGGAGCGGCGGGGCCGUCGGGCCACUCCUGGCAGGGCUGUCUGCCCGGAGCACCGCGGCGGGGCCUGGCAGAGCUGGCAGGAGUGGCUGGGGACCGCACCGGGCCUGACAGCGACAGAAAGGCACGGGGAGAGAUGUUCCAGCUCGAAGGUGGAUUCCAUACGUAGAGCAUCGCUAAUCAUUUCUGCCGUGUUCAUAGUUUUUCUCUAGCAAGGAGAAAGAUUUGCUUUAAAAAAAAAUGAAUCUUUUUACUGUUUUUUAUGAAAUUAAACAUGGCUUUGUGUUCCUGGAGGAGUUUCUUUGGAUCAGAUGGCCUUUGUCUUUGUCCUCACCCGACGCUGACCAGGUUUUCAGGUGGGGGGGUGGGCAGGCCAGGCCCCUGGGCUCGCCCGGGGUGGAGAAGGGGCCACGGGGCUGGCGAUGGGCAGGCUGCAGCCGGGCAUGCGCCCAGUGGCGCCACAGGACGGUCCGCGACGGCGGCGUCCACCCGUGGAGCACAGAGCCGCAGGGCAGGGCAGGGCCGGGCAGGACUCGGAGAACUCGCAGAGGUUGGAUCGCGCCAGACCAGCUCCGAAAGCCGGCGCCGUCAUCGGUCUCGGCUCAGGAACGGGGCUCCGUGGACCUGCGCGCCAUUCGAGCCCAGUCGGUUGAGACCAAAAAGCGCUCGGUGGACAGACGAGUGGAGUGUUUGCUUCGGGCUGUUCGCGAAACGCUUAGCGAGAAGGUCGGAGCUGCGUGGCGUCUCCGCCCCCAGCUUUGAAGAUCGCAGAAGCCCCGGAUGCAUCGCUGGCUUCCUGCCCUCUAAAGGGACGAGCCCUGAGAGGCAGUGUGCAGCGCCGCCACCAUCACCAAGUGGACCUCUCGCCAAAUGAAGAUGGGUCGCAUCCGCAGAGCGUGAGCUGGCCAGGCUGACACCGCUUGUGUGUGACCAGCUGCUGGCGGGAGCCGACGAGGGACGCAGUCCUGGGGUUCGCCAGAGACCCUCGCGGGAAGCUCGGGGAGCCAGGGUCUGCAGGUGCGCCGGCUUUAGCCUCCUGAUGAACCGGAGCCACUUGGGAACCGGCGGGUGGGGGCCGGGGCUGUGAGGCCAAGGACGCGUGGGCUCCAUCCCGGCACGAAUGCUGAGGAAAGCCAACCGACCGCGUGACCGGCCCAGGAAGAAGCCUCCUGGGGGCCGCGGGGGAUGAGGAUGAGAAGGCAGCCGGCGUCCCUUGAACCCGUCCCCGCUCUGCGCACAACGACAGCCCAGCCGUGAGCCGAGCGGCGUGCAGGCGGCAGCUGCGUCACUGUCCCCAGCGGCGCCCCGAGGCACCGUUAGUCCUGGAUGUCGUCUACAGCUCUUACAAGUCGGGAGGAAACACUUAAGUCUCAGUGACCAAAUGAACCUCGGUUCUGAACGCAGAGGUAACACCAGGAUCCUCCCCGGAGUUUUCAGUUGGCUUCGGAGUGACAAGCGCUCGUCCUGCACGCGUGGGAAACGAUAACGCCCCCGCCCCCCGGACGUCGGCCCCGCGCGACGCACGGAGACAUUGACCUUGGUUUUGUCUUUCUCGAAAUAGAUCUUGGAGCCAAGUAAAGUGCACUUUGUCAAACUUAAGGGUCUGCUUUGUUCCUCGUUAUUUUUCUCUUUUUUUAACCUCUCCUUCCACCUUUUCUUUUUAUUCAGUCGUGUUUCUUGUCAAAUGCAGAAUUGUUCCUUCCGCCGCUCUCACCGACGUUUUGAAUUCUGGCUUCUGCGGUUUUUAUUGUCUGUGUCAGACGUACAGCCAGAUGUGCUCCUCUGUCCGCAUCUUCCAGAUUCCGUUCCAUCCCCACCGGCCCCGCUCUGUUCUCCCUCCACUCCCCUCACCCUCACGCUCUCCAAGAAAAAGAAUCACCUCGUGUGUCGUAGUUCAUUUGUUUCAAGAGAGAAUCAACAGAUCAUAUUCAGUGUCUUGAAUAAAUUGCUCUAUUUUGAUAGAGAA